GGGUAGCAGGCUUCUUUUUCCCCGUCGACCUACGCCCGCGCUUCCCCUCCGCCCCGUCGGGGGGCAGAUGUGGUCCGGUCAUCUGUUGCUGUAGUGCUAAACGACCAGUGGCUUGGCUGUGAGUGUAGUCACAAAAAAGGCUCGCACUGUGAGUAAAGUGAGAGGGAUAGUUGUAGUGUCGCGGGUCAGCGGUCGCAGCUUGGAGUGGGAUGAACCUCCCUUCAGGGAAAGCCACCAAAGAAGGAUGCUGAGGGGGGUAAUAUGGACUAAAUUCCCAAGACGGGACCUCAUUGAGGUUCCCUGUGCUGUGUCUUUCCUGAGACAAACCAAAUUGCUCGACAUGAUUGGCAGCUAACGUUCGACCUGCUGUGUUGGUAUUGUACCCUUGGUGGUACACCUGAGGCUGGAAUGGCGUAGUCGGCAACAUAUAUUCUGCCAUUAUAAUGUUGUCCAUCUGCUCCUGACCCAUUUGGUCCUUUAUCAAGCCUGCCUCAUGGUACAGUCUGUCUUGGUUCGGCUGUUGUUGGUUCCUCUCAUCGCUACGGUCCAGAGUAGGGCUCAGGUCCGGCGAGGGGCUGCUCCACUCAGACAGCAGUAGCUCGAUGUCCCAGGAAACCUGGCUGUCGUCGUCAAGAAGCUCUUCACUCAUUUGUUGGGAAAGAUGCAGCUGCUCAGAGCCCAGAGGUGUGUAAACAAGGGAAUGCACAAAUGGACGCUUCAUCACAGAAACGAGUCCGAGGAGUCCAUCAGUACAGCAAGGAGACCCGAGACCUGCUGACAGCAAUGAUGCAGCAGAUGACUCUCAGCAACCUCCAACGAAAACAGGUCGAUGACUGUCUGAAAAAUGGCUCAAGCUUGCCACAGAUGGUUGAGCCUUCAUCGUCAUCUUCCUCUCUUCGACCGAAAGCCAGUAAAUGCUCCCAGAAAGUUCUACCAGUUCGGCCUGUUAGACGUAGCGCCGUGUCUUGUCGCUCUGGAAACAGCUAUGUCCGAGAACAAUUCUGUGCCGCUCCCACGAGAGACUUAGAAAAAGAGAAGAGGCAGCUUCAAAACAUCUUCGCAACAGGACGAGACCAAGGACCAGAGGAUGCAGCCUCCCGAAGAAUGUCAGCUCAGGUUUCGGAUUUACAGUCAAAGGAAGACCGCUGUCAAGAAGUUUUAGACGAGAUUGAGGAAAGAAGACAAUUCCUGGCUGAUAUGGCCUCUCUAGGACAGGAGAAGCAGUACAUCCACAUGAUCAACACAGAGAUAUCACAGAAAAUUCGGGAAUUGGAGAUGCUGGAAGGCGAACGUCAGAAGAAGGAAGUGAUGGUGUCUGAGUUGACCAUGGAUCAAAGAUUGUGAUCAUAUUUUCAAAGCCAAUGAGUUGCGUUUGAAGUGUCACAUUACAUUAACCAGAAAUGAACAACAGUACUGCAUUUGUAUCAACUUGUUUUAUUUGGCUGCCUUCCAGUCUCACAACUAUUCGCAUCUUUCAAUCACUAAAGUGACAGGUGUAAAAUAGACGUGCCUCCGAAACGAUAAAAAGAAUGUGUAUAAAUGGAAUUAAAUAAAUGGCAGGUAUGCAAAACAUUAUCUUUUCCACCUUCAGAGAAACACACAUGAAGCAUAGUAAAAUAUAAAUUAACAGGGCCUCACCUAUUUAAAAAAAACUAAUCUCAAGGGUCACAAAUGCUGGCAUUAAAAACAUGAAUAAAAUGCUCAUGCAAGACAUAGGUAGUCGCCAUGAUUUAACAUGUUCUAAAUUUGUGUCCAAAUAAUGUCAAUAAAUAAUAAAAGACUGCCAUAUCUUUGACACGUUUAACAAUGGUGGGCAGCAAACAUCUUACACAAACUCAUCUUUUUGACCAUAUGAACAUUUUUUGGUAACUCAUUGCAAAAUUGGGAUCAUUUAAAAAGACUAAUGAGAUAUGAUGGAAACUGAGGACAAAACUCAAAGCUAUCCUCCGCAAUCUACACUUUCACUUGAUAGGCAACCGAUUACAGAUUAGUUGAGCUUUGACCAGUGACAGCCAGGCAACUGCCUAACUAGUCAGUGCAGUACAAAGAGAGCUACU